AUGGACUAUUCCCUACAGAAUCACGCUUCAUACAUUGGCCGCCCGGUUUCGGAGCUUCCAACUCCAUCGUUGAUCCUCAGCAAGCCUGUUCUAGAGCGGAACACUCGAAUCCUACUAGAUGAUGUCAAACGGCUCGGGAUUUCCUUUCGGCCCCAUGUGAAGACUCUCAAGUGCACUGAAGUGACGCGCAUGAUGCUCGGCGAUGGCGAGCACCGCCGGAUAGUCGCUUCGACAUUAAGCGAGAUCCGGGGGGCAUUGGAUCUUGUCAAGGAAGACAAACUAGACGAGUGCCUCUACGGCCUUCCAGUUUCCGCCAGCGCCCUCCCCCAUCUGGAAGAGUUGAACAAAACUGUCAAAAUCAUCCUGAUGAUCGACAGCGAACAGCAAAUCGAUCUCCUUGACUCAUUCGCCUCUAAAUAUUCGUCCACAGUAGUAUGGCCGGUCUUCAUCAAGAUCGAUGUUGGCUCUAAGCGCGCAGGAAUGGUGAAUGAUUCACCGUCUCUGCCGAAAUUGAUCCAGCGUGUCGAGUCCUCUUCUGCGGCUUCUGUUUAUGGAUUCUAUUGUCAUGCCGGUCACUCCUAUGCAUGCCGCACGGAGGAUGCUGCCGCAGCUGUGCUACAGACUGAAGUGGAGGGUGUUGUUAACGCAGCUCGAUUCUUACUGGAUGAGAAGUCUCAAAGGAGAAUUGUCGUUUCAGUUGGAUCAACACCUACAGCGCACGUUGUUCACAGGCUGCAGGGGGCUUUGCCCGAUGGGAUGGACUUGGAGCUGCAUGCUGGAAACUAUCCAACGAAUGAUCUUCAGCAGGUAGCAACCUCUCUUGUUGAGCCAUCUCAACAAGCAGUCCGCAUACUAGCGGAUGUUUGUAGCGUGUACCCGGAACGCAAUGAAGCACUUAUCAACGCCGGCACAGUCGCUCUGUCGAAAGAGACGAGUGAGUUCCCUGGGUUUGCUGUUGUCACGGAUCGCCCCCAGUGGAGUGUCGUGCGUAUGGCACAGGAGCAUGGAAUCCUUGGCUGGGCGGACUCUGAGCAGACGAGGAGACUUGUCGAAAAGGCUGGGUUGAAAUUGACCGCAGAGGAUAAGAUCGAGAACGCGUUUACGGUUGGUGAUAAGGUUUUGCUUUAUAUUCAGCAUGCUUGUAUCACUGCAGCUAUGCAUUUCGCGUAUUACGUUGUUGAUCAGGAUGAUAUUGUUAGGGAGACUUGGGUGCCGUGGAAGGGCUGGUGA